CUGGAAUCUGGAAUAUGCAAUGGGAAUAUGAAGCAUUAAGCAUAGUUGUUACGUUAAGUAUGCUUUUUACAACCAGUUAACAACAUAGGUCAACAUAUUUUACCAAAGUGCCACUUCCUCCUGUCCUGAAGAAAAGUGACAUAACAGUCCUCUAACCUUACUUUAAUAUAUUUUAGAUUGGUAUUUUAACUUAUAAAUAAAAAAGAAUUAUUAAGAAAUGGCUGGUUUGGUAAACGCCCGUCGAUUAUUUAUAUCAAAAUUAAGGCUUCAGUUACAAAGAAGAUUAGUAUCUACGUCGAAAAAAAAUGAUACAGUGGUAGCUGAAGUAGCUAAUAGUACUACCACCAAAGCUGAAUCUGAAACCAAAAAUUGGGUAUCUUAUGGAUUCGAUUAUUAUAACAAAUCGGAGGAUAGGAAUAUGUUACACUCCCAUUUCUUUGUAACAGUUACUUUGUGUUUUGUAGUUGGAGGAUUCUUUUAUACCUAUGCUCCUGAUUUAAAUUUGAGAGAUUGGGCCAUUAGAGAAGCAUUUUUGGAACUAAAAAGAAGGGAGGCUGCUGGUUUGCCUUUGGUGGAUCCAAACCUUAUUCCACCUGAAAAGAUUACUCUACCCACUGAUGAAGAAUUAGGAGACACUGAAAUUAUUAUUUAAUUACUGAAAUAUUAUUAAUUCUAAUAUAAAAAUGUAAUCGAUGUGGCAGUUUAAUUUUAGGUUUGUUCAGUUUGUAAAUAAAAAUACACUUCGAUUAAA